GUUUACCAAAAACUACGAGAGAGUUGUGCGGGAUCACGGAGUACUCGUCAAAUAACGUGUUAGUCACGCAGGACUAUGCCAUCCUUGGCGUUAAAGCAGUAUUUAGAUUUAGACGAUGUCAUAUGUAAGCACGUUUUAAAUCUUGAUAUCAGAGAGCCAGCCUCUGCACAUGCAGCUGUUGGAAAGCCUGACAGUCCCUGCACACUUUCCUCCAGUGGUUCAGGACUUUCUCUUUACAGUAUGGAGAGUGGAUUCAUGAACUCAAGCUACUGGGGCACCCAGAAAGUAUCAUCUCCGUCAAAGUGGUGCAAGAUGCCCUUCUGGUCUGAGCGCUCCGUCAGCAUGGUGGAGGCAAACACUGGAAGUCUGGGCUGGUCGUCUGCAGAACCCAAUCAGCCUUCAGCCCUGUCAGAUACCAUGACUUUUUCCGGCUCUACAUCUUCCAUUGCAGCCACAUCAUCUCGCUAUAAAACUGAGUUAUGCCGCACAUUUGCCGAAAGAGGGGUGUGCAAAUAUGGUGGCAAGUGUCAGUUUGCCCAUGGGCCCGAAGAGCUGCGAGACCUCAACCGCCACCCCAAAUAUAAGACUGAACCCUGCCGAACUUACCACUCCAUUGGCUUCUGCCCCUACGGCAUCCGCUGCCACUUUGUGCACAACACUGAAGAAGAUCUCGCACAUGCCCAACCUCAGACCUCCAAUCCAACUGUCCAGCGACCUCCACUCCUCAAACAUAGCUUCAGCUUCUCUGGAUUUCCUACAACUCCACAGCUUCUAGAAGCCCCUCUUGCUGCUUCCUUGUACCUUCCUGCACCUUCUGUCUCAACUUCAACAUCGACAGCCAUCUCUGACCUAUUCUCCCUGGCCUUCCCAGACAUUGAUCCCAGCACCCUUCUGGACCAGGCAGGGGAGCUCCAUUCUCAGUUUUUGCCCUCACCAGACUCUGGGUACUCUCACUCCGGACUGACUCCCUCUUUGUCACCCACCCAGCUCGUCCCCUCCCAGGCUGAGUCCUGUCUGAGGCAGAGCCCCACUGGUGGGGCUUCUCUAGGCCUCAGGUGUCUAUCCCACACCUCGCUCUCAGACCAUGAGGGUGGCAGCUGCAGCUCAUCCAGUAGUAUGAAUGGCUCGGAAUGCUCCAAUGGACAGGAAGCCAGUGGGCGCAGGCUCCCCAUCUUCAGCCAGCUUUCGGUACCUGAUGAUGGAAUCUACAGUGAGGGCAGCAACUUGGGCACAGGCUUGUUUCUGUAGCUUUUUUUUUUUUUUUUUUGUUUUUGCUCCUCAUAAGGACUGAACUGUAUAUUGUGGUAUACCUACUGUAUUAUGUGGCCAAUACUUGACAUUUUAGUUAAGCUCAGAGUGAAACAUGCUGUUUGAAGGUACUGAAUUUUGAAAUGAUUCUUUAACUGGGAUUUGAUUGUGCUUUUAAGUAUACCGAUCACCAUGUUUUAUUUUUGAUGACUUCUGUGGAAAAGAUAAGGGGGAGCAUUUAAAACCAUAGCCUGUAAAAGUUCAGGCAUCAAGAUGUUUUGAGUAAAAGAUGCAGGUGUUAUAACUUUUAAGAUGCAUUUAGCUAUUUACAAAAGAUUAUUGUACCAAAAUAGCCAAAGAGAGGUUAUAACCCAGUCUUAAGGUCUUUCAGUAUUUGAGACUUUCAUUGUAAUUUUUCUUCCAGAGACCAAACUUUUCCAUGGUUUGUAUACAAUUAUUUUAUGCACACCUUUUCUGGAUGUUAGAAUUUAAUUUAUUAAGUAAUGUUAGCCAGCAAUAUAAUUGAGAUGUUCCUGCUGCUUUUAAGGUCAGUGUUUGGUUCGUUCCCAGACUUUCCUUAAGUUUGAAUAUUUCUAAGCAGGCCUCUGGAAGUGUACAGUUGGAGCUCUACAUGGAGUCAGUUGCCUUCUGACAUGAUGCAUAGUUUUGGUUUGUGUAGCUGUUUGUUUAUUGUGAGUUUAGGCAAAUCAAAUUGACAUUAGUGGCCUUGGUUUUUGUUUAUUUUAUAAUUUUUUGGGGGUUGGAUGUUAUGGGUCACUUUUUGCAUCUAAUUUUCUGACAUGCCUUUUGGCUUUGUUACAUGAUGGAGAGUUUCAAGUAACUUUAAGUUAGUUUUUUUUUUUAUUUAUUUUAUUGUAUUUAUAGAAAACGUGUUUUUGAUAACAUUUGUAUUAAGUUUAAUAUAUUGAGUUUUCUUCCUGC